AUGGUGCUCGCGCCCUGCGGGCUGCUGCUCAACCUGACGGCCACGCUGGCGCCCGGCUGGCGGCUGGUGAAGGGCUUCCUCAACCAGCCGGUGGACGUGGAGCUGUACCAGGGCCUGUGGGACAUGUGCCGCGAGCAGAGCAGCCGCGAGCGCCAGUGCGGCCAGCAGGACGUGUGGGGCUACUUCGAGGCCGAGCCCGUGCGCGUGGCGCGGGGACUCAUGGUCACGUCGCUGGCCGUCACGGCGCUGGGGCUGCUGCUGGCGUCGCUCGGCGUGCGCUGCUGGCAGGAAGAGCCGCGCUUCGCGCUGGCCGGCCUGUCGGGCGCGGUGCUCUUCGCCGCCGGCCUCCUCAGCCUCAUCCCGGUCUCCUGGUACAACCACUUCCUGGCGGACCGCACUGUCCUGCCCGCCGACGCCAGCCCGGUCACGGUGCACGUCAGCUACAGCCUGGUGCUGGGCUACCUGGGCAGCUGCCUGCUGCUGCUGGGCGGCUUCUCGCUGGCGCUCAGCUUCGCGCCCUGGUGCGAGGAGCGCUGCCGCCGCCGCCGCAAGGAGCCGCCCCGCAGCCCGCGCCGCAGCAGCGUCAGCACGGUGCACGUGGACUGGCCCGAGCCCGCGCUGCCGCCCGCCAUCGAGUACUACAGCGACGGCCGGCGCCGGCCGCGGCCCCACGACGUGGGCAACGCCGGCAAGCCCAAGGCCGGCUUCCCGCUUCCGCGGCCGCAGCCCCGCGCCUACAGCAACCAGAUGGACGUGCUGCGCGGGGAGGAGGCCCGCUCCGCCCGCGACUCCGCGGGCAGCGCCGGGUCCUGCCACGCCUCGCUGCCCUGCGACUCCGACCUGUAGCCGGCAAACCCCCAGCCCCCUGGCCCGCCGUGGGCCGUGGGCCGUGGGCGGUGGGCCGUGGGCGGUGGGCCGGUGCUGCGCGGACGAAGGCCCAGCCCCACCACGUCCAGCCUUGAACUUGCCUGUUACUGUGCGGCUGCAGACACCUGACUCGGAGUCCGAACCGCGGACACGUUCCUGUGACUGGUUUGGAGGGCGCUCUUCCUUUCUGGUGGCUGAACUAGACUCCUUGGACGCUUAGGUCUGGUUGGGUUGGUUUUCUUUCUGUAGAAUUUAGUUUUCCUCCCCAGAGGAAUGAGGCUCCUCUUACAGACUGACGAGGCUUUUCAUACUUAAAGCUGAAGAUCUAGAAAGGGCGCCUUUGCAUCGUGUUGACACGGGAGCAUAACAAGAAGUCGAAAUCAGCAAAUAGAGGCUCAGAAACCAUUUUAACACCUUGAACCAGUAUCCGGAAAUGCCAGUGACGCUUAUAUCAAUAUAGUGUUUUUUCCGUUGUAUAAUUUAUUCUCCUGCAGACUCUCAAGGGACCAAUAAACUGGCUACGUUUGAAUGGAGCUCUUAAAAUAAAGAUAGAGCCAUGCAAACACCAGCUUUUGUGGCUUUUAUGGAAUAACUUGA